AUGGAAGGACGCAAUCCUGAAGCCUGUGAAGCCUGCCGCCAUCGAAAACGAAAAUGCUAUGAAGAAUAUCAAAACGAAACUAUGAUAACAAUAUGCCAACGUUCUUUCAUAUCGUCGGUUUGUUUUGAAGCUGAUAUGACGAUAUUUGAAAUUAUUCGUUCUACCUUCACCGAUGCGAGCAACUGUGUAACUGAGAUAUCGUUAUAUGUUCUCCGAAAUAAUCUCCACUCAGGAAAUAUUGGUUCAUCAAGUUCUUCCGCUACCCAAUCGACAUCAUAUACAAAUCUAUUAGAAGGCCAUCAAUCUCUGAAUAAUAUCCCACAAUUGAAUUGCUCAGAUGGAGAGAUAUUACGAGGUGAAAAACAAAAUCCAUACCCUAUUUGA